GACUCCCUUUUCUGACAAGAAGAUGCCUCCGGCAGAACCAGGGUCUGUGAGGGGAAGACACCUGCUGCGACCGGUUGGGGAUGAGGGGAGGAAGACCGGACAAAAGACACUGUGAAAGAGUAAAAAAAGAUGAAUAAUGGCUUAUGACACAGUGAUAAAACGUUAAUAAGAAGAAAGCUCCCAGCAGCCUCGAUCUACUGCAGCGUCACUAAAGGGGAGGAUUCAGGGUCACCUGAUCCAGUCCCAACUAUAUGCUUAAAAUCUAUAUUUUUAAUAAUUUAUUUAUAAUAUAAUGUAUUAUAUUUAAAAUUAAAAAUCAACAGCUGACAUCUGUAGAAACUCACAGGAGGUAAAAACGGGAGUGUAUGCGUCAAAAGCAGAAAAACAUCGACGGCAGAAAAGUGUCACGAAUUAAAACCUGGAGCUUGUUCCACACAUUCUUAAAUAAGAAACGCGAGUGAGCACAAUUCUGAAAAAUGUCAAAUGAUUAUGGUUGCUAAAUUACCUCAACCGGAAAGACGUGUUAAUGUUCAAAUGAGGUUCUUUUGGUAAAAAAAUCGUGUUCAGUGGGCUUUGGUGUUGACGACCUGCUGUGUUUUCUGGGUCUGGCCUGCCAUCCUGUGGACAUCAAGAGGUACAACAGCCAUUAUCCGCACAAUUAGGUAUUCACGCAUUAAUUACGGUAACCAUUAAGAAAGACAAUGUACGUGUUAAUAGGCUAGUGUCACGUGAUUAUUGUCGUUUUUAAUAUCAACCCAACAUGUAAGAGCGCAAAGAAGACCAACCAUCAUUUUCUUUUAAGCAGCUCCACAUAGAAAUCUGAUUCUUAACGAGUUACCGCCAGAAGAGGUCGUCCUGCCCUCUCGCUUCCAUUCUCACUACAAUUAACAGGGAGGUUAAUUCGCCCAGUUUGGCCAGGAAGGUGGCACACUUCAAAAUCAUCCAGCCACAAGCAAUCAGCGGUAGGCUGGCCUUUCUUUCAUAACUGAAUGUUGCCUGUGCGCAAGUAAAUGCCUGCCAUCCACCUGGACCAGGUCUGGAUGUGGCACUUCACCGCCAACAGCUAAAUGUCAAACCUUUGGCAAAGUGCGCGCGCCGCCCUGCGCCACACAGUGAUGAUGGGUGGACCGAGCGGAGAGGGGCGAUAGGGCACAUUUCUUAAUUUCCCUUCAGCGCCGCUUCCCCCACCAUCCAGACCUGGACACGCGACGAGACCGCGGGACGGCCCUGUUUCCCGUUCACACAGCGAUCCAAUGUAUUAUUCACGAGCGAAACUUCAGCAACUUGUCCACUGGAUAUGGCUCCCGGUUUGAGGAGUGGGCGGACAGGUCACCUCAGAGUGGCGGGAACCGGCGGGGCAGACCCCGGUGGGUGCUCGCCGCAGCGGACGGAUGCAGGAGGAGAGGGGAGGUGUUUGAGGACCAGGUUGCGAGUCGGAGCAGCGGGGAUGCUUGCAAACUGUCUGCUGUCUGUAGCAGUGCUUUUACUUCUUGUCCGGUGCUCUUUGGCCGCAGAGGAAAAAUCCACCUACGAUGCCUCAGGCUCCUCACCUUUACCGAGCGACUCAGCAGUCACAGGCGUUCCUGCUCACCCAUCGGCUGACCUGUCAGUGGCUGAGGAGGUGCCUUUCCCAGUUGUCCAUUCAGACAGUCACUCAGACACUGAUGCGGAGGGCUUAUCGGGGCAGCCUGCUUUUUCUUCUGUCUUAACCAUGAUGGCAGGAACUGUCAAACAUCCAGUGAGCCUUGAUCAAAGUAGAACCUUGCCAACUAUCACCAGGGAUGAGAUCCAUACCACCCAAUGGCCUUCACAUAAUUCCAGCCAGGGCUCAGACAUGUCCUCCUCAUCGUCACAUGUGGGAGCCAGCUCAGAAGCAGAGACGGAUGAAUUAACCGCUGGAACUUCCAAAACAGUUGGACUCACUUUCCCCAAAGAAAAAGAGGCUAGUUUAAGCCCCUCUCAAUCAGUCAGAAUUACCCCUUCUGCUGGGCCUACCGAGAGGACAACUCAGGUAUCACCUCUGACCCCUCGACAAGACACCACGACAGCCUCUGUUAAGCUUUCCACCACUACGGCUUCAACCACAAAAACUAAAAACUCCACCACUACCACGCCUUCCCUAAGAGUCACUACGCAGUCAACCACCACUACCACACCACAGACCACGUUCGCGACCGGGAAAACCACAACCGUCAGGACUCAGUCCAACAGGAGAACAUUCACACCGCCUGUCCUAAGAACGAGCCCUCCCAGGGGGGUCACGGCUGUCUUCAUCUCACCUUUCACCACUACCACAGAGACUCCACCACAGCAGUGCAACAUCACUGAGAGAAUGUGGGUGAAAACAGUUGUUUCCAUCUAUGUGAGGAGAAACAGGCUAGACAGCAUUCAGAGGCAAAACCUGCGAAGGGGACUAAGUCAAGGCCUCAGGAAAGCUCUCAAUGAUACCUCUGCCCAAGCACAGGUGGAGACUGUAUUUGGUUCUCCCAACAUGACAGUGGCUUAUCACGUGACUGGAGGGGAUAUAGUUUACCCUCCGUCUGUAGUGAUGGAAGGCUUGGCAUCCUAUGGCCGUGAUAAGCUGAUUGCAGACCUGCGGCAGUACCUCCCCAUGGUAACAGCCCUGCCCCUCCCGGUUGCAUUAUGGAGACCCAGCCCAGCCACAGGCUUCCAGCUGAAAACAGUGCUACAGUUUGUGGGAGUAGGUGAUGAUCCUCGGUCCUGUCGCUUCUCUCAAAUGAUGGAACAGAGGCUUGAGAAGGUUUUUUCCGAAGCGCAGGCCAAAGUGCUUAAUGCUAACAGCAGACUCUCUGUUCAGAUGCUGAGUGUCUCUCAGGCAGCAGGAUCCCCUGCUGUGUCACUGGUCUACACUGUAAAGAAUGGGACUGGCUUUCUUAAUGGCACUGCUGCCUCAAAUCUACUUGGUCAGCUGUCAGCUGAACUAGUGGGCUACUUCCUCUUCUAUCCGCCACUUAUCGUUGCUGAGCCAAUGGAAUAUCACAAUCUGAACACUUCAAUAGCAACCAGAGACUUCUGGGUUGUUACAGUGAUCCAGGAUGUGGAUAAUGCCAGCCUGGAGGGACAGUACCAAAGCUUCGCCAGUCUAAUGGAACAGCGCCUGGCAGAGUUGUUUGUGUUGGCGGGCCAGCAGGGCACUCGUUUUAGACGAGCAACGACUGUAGGCAGCUACACUGUCCAGAUGGUGAGCAUCCGCCGGAUCUCAGGGUUGAAGAAUCCGGCCGAGAUGACCUACUAUGUCCAACACAAUGGCAUUCCUUUAUUGGGCACAUCAGCUGCCAAGGUCCUGAACACAGUGGAUUCUCAGACUAUGGCGCUCACCCUGGGCUACUUUGUCCAGGUGCAAGCAGAACCUGUCGUCAAGAACCCUCCUAAUAACCUUUGGAUAAUCGCUGCUGUUUUGGCCCCGAUCUCCGUAGUAACACUCAUUAUUAUCAUCAUCACAGCUGUGCUGUGCAGGAAGAAUAAGAAUGACUUCAAAGCGGAUGCCAUCGGUAACCUUAACCCUCGAGCUAAGAUGGCGUACCGGAGAGAUGUGGGCUAUUAUCACCAGCCAGUCCAAGGUUUUGACUAUGCCAAACAGCACCUUGGCCAACAAGGAGGAGAUGAGGAAACACUGCCUGUCAGUCAGGAUACCUUAGUGAUGUCUCUACAAAUACGGGACACACCACUUUCACUAGAAAAGGCUCUGCAACAAGAUGGAACUGCCAACAAGAAAAGUCUCACCACUGACAAACACAAAAGCAAGUUGCCAAGUGAGGAUGGUUCCGUCAUCAGCAACGAAUCAGAGAAGCCCAAUUCCGGCAGGGGCCUGACGGUGUCGAAAAUCACAGCACAGCAGAAACUGACAAAGGAGGAGACUCGCCAGAGGGACGAUCCAUAUGACACCUCCUCUGGCUCCCUGCAGCUUAUCUCCAUAAAGCCAGUGGCAGCACAGACCAACUACUCACAUCCGGCAUCCUCUGACCGCAGCCAGGACUCGGCUAUUGUCAAUGGAGAGGUGAACUUGGCACUGAAGCAGAAGUCAGACAUUGAACACUACAGGAACAAGCUGAGGCUGAAGGCUAAAAGGAAGGGCUAUUAUGAUUUCCCGUCCACCAAUGGCAGCAGCAGUGGCCGGGCUGUGGCACAGAGACAGCGACACGGUCAUGAGAGGGCUGCCGAUGAGCAUGGAAGACCGCUGGAGCCUGAUGAUGAGCGAGGUUCUACUUAUGUCAAGUCUCACAGAAGGCACUCGCAGGUAGGGCAGGCGGCCUAUCGAAGCAGACAAAGCUUAAGCAGUCCGAGCCCCGGAGGAACAGAGAUGGACCUGCUUGUAAUGAGAGAGAGACCCAGGAGAGGCAUCCGCAACAGCGGCUAUGAUCGAUCCUCUGAUGGGGAAUUAAAAUCCACAGGCUUCAUUACUGAGCCAGAGUUGAUUGAAGAGACAAAUGUUGAUCGUAUCAUGGGACCGCGGGGAUACAUGUAUGGACGGGGCUUGAAAGGCCACUCAGAGACAUCCACUCUCAGCUCGCAACCGUCGAUUGAUGAAGUGCGACAGCAGAUGCACCUGCUGCUAGAGGAGGCUUUCAGUCUGGCUUCAGGGGGGCAGUCCACAUCUGGAAGGCACUCCCACCACCACCAACCAAACCACUACAACCCUGCGCCACCUCCCCUCCCUUAUGCAGAUGUGGUGACCAGUGCACCGGGUACAAUGAGCUCUGGACAGGGAGGCCUCCAGUGGGUGCCAUCUUAUGGUACAGAUAUGUAUCAGUGUAGCCUGCCUAAACCAGCCUUUCGCUUCACCCAGCUUCCUGAGGCCAUGGGUUCUCCUCCCCCUUUACCACCUCGCACUGGGCCCCCUCCUGGGACUUCUCUAAGACGUUCCACUUCUGACUUGGGGCCUAAGGGAAGGAGCUUAGAGACAUCUGUCGCUGAAAUGCAGAGUCAACAUGACAACAACCCAUAUGGGCCAACCACUAGAGCAGCACUUCCAUCUAUCACUGCAGAGCAGCCUGUGUCCAACUACUCAGGAAACCCAAUCACGGCUGUCUAUGCCAUCCCAGCCACGAGGCCCGGUUACUCAGAAUACUUUGUGUCCACACCGCCCACCUCCUACCACAGUCCCUCUUGGAUGUCUUAUCCACCUGAACCCGAGGAUGUGCCGCCACAGUGGGCAGAUUCUGUGCCCCUGCCUGGGUACGUAGAGGCUUUUCCUCAUCCUCGCUACCCACAGGGGAGCCCCACCAGGCUGCCUCUGCAGUAUAACCAGACACUGGAGCAGCCACCACCUGCCCCAAGCACAUCAUCCCAGCAAAGUCUACCCCAGGUGCUGAAGGACAUGGACAGUAUGCCCCUGAGCAGCCUCUCCACCUCAGCACUUGUGCAAGCGAUCCGACAGGAGGUGGCAAAGCUAGCGAAGAAGCAGAAUGACAUGUUUGAGUUCUAGGUUUGAUUCUGCUCCCAUGUGUGCAGGACAUGCACACAGUGGUGGCAUUCCUAUGGACAGAUUUUUGAUGUUUGUACUCUAUAACAGACUGAUGUUCUUUAUCCACUGAUGAUCCACUUAUUGAUUUCUUUUCAUACACCAUUGAUGUUUUUUUUAGCUCCUGACUUUAGGGAAAUGAACAAAAGAUUAUUGCCAUCCUCUGUUGAUGAUGUCCAAAGUAAGUACACACAUCUCUCUGUAGAUAUGUCAAUAGGAGACGCUAAAUAUGGAAAAUGUCUUUUUUUCCCAUGAUCUCAAUUUUUUUGGUAAUCAGAGUUAAUUGAGAAGAGACAACCCCGUAGCGUUAUUGUCUGUACUGAGAGGACCAAAUUCUUCCUGUCAGAUGGGUAAGUAUAAACCACAGUGUAUAUGAGCAUGUACAGUAUAAGGACAUUGUGUAUCUAAUCUCCUUUUAUAGAACGUUAGCUUGAACAAGAUGGGCUCGAUCAAUAUCUGCUAAUAUCCGAAUCCAUACAAUAUCAAACCAGUGCAUCGCUUUUUAAUGUUUGUUUGCAGAUCACAUAAUAACACCAAUAACAACAAAUGCUUGUUAUCUUUGGUGGACUAAUAUUGUUUUUCUUUUUUUAGUUUAAACUAGUUUCUUUAAAUUAAGAAAUGGUUUAAAUACAGUGAAUGGGUAUUUGUGUUUUCAGUUUAACCCAAGUUAACAUGACGAUGCAUCCAUGAUGAUGUGACUGAUGAACUGUAUAUCUCCGUGUAUGCAAAGUGAGAGAAUCAUUCAUGACUGCAGUAUUUGUUGGGUGUUCAAAAAGUAAAUUCACUUGGUUAGCAUUAAGAGACCUUUCCUUUGAACAGUAAUAGGUGGUUAUUAUAGUAUAUUACUGUGGUCAAAUACUUAACCAUAUGUUUGGCUUUUUUAAUGUCGAAAACACAAACACUUUGGCUUUUGCAAACCCAAAUGAACAACUUUGAAGUCAAAUUUAUAUGCUCAGCUGGAUUUUUAUACUUUAUCAUUUGCCGAUGAUUCAGCACACCUACUCUACAAUUUCAAAUCCUUAAACAAAAUCCAGUCUCUUAACUUCUAGUAGUAUCGGCGUCAUUUCUUGUAAAGUUCAACUAUAAAGAUAGUGAGUAUAUGCUUGUUUACUGCCCCUAAAGCAUCUCGAUGGUCUCAAUGAGCACAUUUAAUGAAUAAAAUGCCACGUUUGUUUAAAGUACUGACACAUAAUGAGGUUCUGCAUCACCGCUCCCAUUCAGAGGUUUAAGCGCACAAGCCAUCGUCUCAUGGUUCAGAAACAGUGUUCAAGAUGAACAUAUCACUGUGGAUCAUCAUUGUGCCCUGGAGUCAUGCUAUAGAAGACAAUUACCUUCAUUUUUUUGGGAAGUUUUCAUAUGUAAUGAAACUAAGCCAGGUCAUACAUAACAAUAUAAAACAUGUCUGCCAACCUUGAAAGUUAAAAUGUGAGUAUUAAUGAUAGUGAUCCAGGCUCAGUAAAUACAGAAUAUAUAGUAUAUAAAUUUACAGGUUAAAUAAAAGACCAAGCCUUGAAUAGUAUAAAGGACACUUAUUACAAUUAUUUUAGCAGGGACAAGGCGGUCACGAUUAUUCUCUAGAAAAAUGAAAAGAAAUCCUACUGACUUUUCUAAUGGGAUGGGUUUAAUUUAGCCAUCUUUAUGAACUUUUUCAGCCUCAUGUUAGGACACCAUAUUAGGCCCCAAAACAAAUGUUUAAAACUCCCAUUGAAGGAAUUCUUUCCUCAUAUUUCACUGUGGCAUGAAAGGCUCUAGCAGGUUAGUUUGAACUCUUCAUGCAUAAUUGCUUGCACGGGAACUGAAAGUGGGACUGACUGAAGAUGAGUGCAUGUAGGCCUACACCAGGGAUGCUGCAAUAUAUUUGUAUACACACUGAGAUGGUAUAGAUUGCCUACUUUUAUUGAUAUUCACGUGGAAUGCUUUGCUGAUUAUGUUCUGAUCAAUGCUGUUGUGGGUAAACAGUCAGUGGUGACAUAAAGAGUGAAGAUGCCUUCAAAUCAUCGUUUCCUUUUAUAGAGCAGUAUUGCUUUUUCGGCAAUCCUGGAUGAAUUUAGCCUUUUUGCCUCAUGAUUACUUAACAAAGUCUCCUUCUUUUCCAGUAACUGUUAUUUUAUACUCAUCCCUGUUGAUGUGUAUGUAGUAAUGAAGAAAUCUUGUCUGUCCGAAACUCAACACAAACUGUCUGCUUGUUUUUAUUAAUUUUACUGAUUAUUCAGACAAGCACUUGUGUCUUAAAAGCUGUAGGUAAUACAGUGAAACCAUUUUUGUGAGUACCAGAAGUGAAGACCUUUCCACAUUCUCAUGCUGGAUAUCUGAGAAAUCUGAUAUGAAACAAAGGGGUUUUAGGAUAUUAUUUUAUUUGAAAAAAGAUGAGUAUUUAUUCUCUAAAAUUAAAUGCAAAGUGAACUAAAUCUAUUAAAAAAAAUCAGUGUUUUUUUUCUUCCAGGCUGGUUUCUUAUUUCUCUUCAUCUGUUUGACCUUGUUAGAUUCAAUGAUCCUCUCAUAUUACUCUGACAGAGAGAUGAAGAGAAUGAUUGAGAGGGACAGAAGUUUUAGCCCAGAUGAUUAAAAUGGAAUAAAAGGUUUUAUCUGGAGAGCAAAUCAGUCCCUCCAUCGUUUUUUACCCCGAAAAUCAGUUUACCUGUCGAGCAUUAUCGAAGAGGUCAGAGCAACUUGUUGUGUAACCAUGUGUGUAGUUGUUAUCUUGGUAUCCUAAUUUACUACAUGUUCCGUAAGACAUGCUAACAUGGAGACGCAGACGUGGUUGAUGGUAAUUCAGAAAAACAACAGAUGGUUAUAAAUGUGUAAAGUAACUUGUUUUCAUAGACUGCAUGGUUGUGAGCCAACAGCUUUUGCUGUGUGCAGCCACCAGAGGCAGCACUACGCAACUGAUUACAAAAUUGAAGCUUUCUUUCAUUUUAAAAGUUUUUCGGCUCAAAUAGCAUGACAGCCACAUCCAUGAUUGCCAUAUUGCCAGGAAAUAUAUCUCUCCUGUAAGUAAGUUGCUUAUUUUUGAAUACCGUAGAAGAAAUAAGCUCCGUAAGCUAACACAGCUGAUUUAAAUGGCUAAAUUACCUCAUCAGCAUGUCUUGAAGUUCUCCAGAGGCCUGGUAAUGAACUAAUCAUUUGAUUCAAGUGUGUUGACCCAGGGUGAGAUCUAAAACCUGCAGGACACCGGCCCUUGAGGCCUGGAGUUGGACACCCCUGUUGUAUGGCAGCAUGACUUUAGUAGAGACACAUAGUAUAUGAGCAGGGUUCUGGGGCACACUUGGCAUAUUACUAUAGGUGAAUUCACCUGCAACAAUUGAAAGCUUCAACAGGCCUUAACUUGCAUAAACUCAAGCAAAUAUUUAAAAAGUAAUGUGUCUUAUAAUAUAGAAAGCUGUCUCUUGUCAAAGACUUCUUUGACCUGACUCGGUUCUGUAACACAUCAGCAAACUGUGGAGCAAGCAUAUUCUUGUUUGUGUUACCUGCCAGUUCAGGUCCAUGAAUAAAAGUGUCAUUUCUGACACUACUGCAGAAGUUUGCAGCAAGCUCAACACCCAUCAGAGUAGCUAGAGAUUAUAUGAGCUAAGACCCAAAGUGCCAUUCUGAUGCCACUGAAAGUGCUACAGCUGUGACAGGUACCAGUGCAGCAAAAACUAUUCUGUCAUGUUGACAGGUGAGCAUACUCAAAUUUACUCUACUCACAUACAGUGUUUGACUUUGCACACAUACCAUUUUUGACAGUUGAGCUGCAGUGAAUCAUAUCACUGGCAGGGCGGAUUGAAUGUAGCUUUAUUUUCCUUCAGUACUAAUAACAGUCAUAAUCAUACUGUACGCAAAUGCGCGUUCCAACUUCUUAUCUGGUGCGCGUCUUUUAUUUUGACCCCGAAUGCGCUCCUGCGGACCACUUGUGUGCAGCCCUGCCUAUAACCAUCCCUUUCUUGUUGAAAAAAUGAGGUAAAAUUACCUAGAGACUCAGGUGUAUGUCUUUGUUGGCUAUAUUUACAGCAGCUGUAGGGAAUGGAGUUAAAGUCAUUUUGCUUUUCUAAAAUCAGAAAUAUUAACAAGCACUUCUGGCAAUGUAGCCUAAUAUACAUUCUACCACAGAGAUGCUUUCAGGUGCGGGUCCCAAAACAGAACAGAAGAAUCUGAGAUGAAAUAUUUAAAAAACAAUUACAGACUUUUGCAGAAAUUUCUCUGAACUUUAACAUAAAUUUAACAUAACUAAAGAGCUAGCAUAUUCUUGUUUCAAGGUCAAAUGACUUGUGUUAAUUCACUAUAAUACAGUGCUUCUGUUCAUAUGACCUUAUUGACAAAAAUACUUAUGUAUGUCAUAUUUUAUUAUCGUCAUGUUUUGUGUACCAGCAUGAGCGCCAGGCACUUUUGCCUUUUGUAUGUGUGUGUGUGUGUGUGUGUGUGUGUACAAAAAUAAUGCAUUAAAUCUGUAGUUCAGUAUUUUACCACUAGGGCUCUCCCUAGUGCCAUGCAAACAAACGCCCUCUCUCUGGAAAUGGUAAAUAGGCUUCCAAGUCAGAACACAUCUAAAUCGCCUUUACUUCCAUAAAGAGAGAGCUGCACUGGUAAUAUGCACAAAAUGUUACAUGAGAUGGACACAGUAUCAGGAAAAUUAUACAAAACUGGAUUAUACGAUACAAUUAAGUAGAAUGAACCAAAAGUAAACGAAAUUUUAUCAUGUAUCAAGUUGCAUUUAUAUCUUUUUUUAGUAAUGCAAUCUGCUCAAGAAUAGAUGCACAGAUGGGAAUAUACAAGACUGAGAUGUUUCUUGCCUGUUGUUGCCAUAAACAUCAGAGUCUCCUUCACUCAAAAAUCAAAGUGACGUCUUUUUGUUCACCUUUGUUGUGCAGAUUGAAGUAUGUUCAGGAUCAAAUAGCAGAAGGUUGUUUCAGAUGAAUCUGCUGAGAGUGGGAAUUUUGUUUGUUACUUGUAACUGCAAGCUUGAUUUGUGACAUAAGAAAAACCAGGGACUAAACCAUAAUUCAACUUAAACCAGUGUGAUGUGAAACCUUGCAGCUGCUGUGGUUUCCAAAUGCACAGUUCACUCCUGUUAGCCCCAUGAAAGAUGUAUAUGUAUUCGUUAGAAGUUAGACCACCAUCAUCAUUCAUAUGACACAUUCUAAAGUCAGCUCUGUGUCAUAACAUGUCCAGUUUGUGUCCAUAUAUACUGCAUAUAUUAGUUAUCAAUGCAAAUACACAUACACAUCCAAAUACACAUUAAGGUUUGAAGAAAAGUGGGGAGACUUAAAACUUUUGGCAGAUUUUAAUGAGAAUACCAAAUCUGUACGGUUCAGAUGCUUUUGUCCAUCACCAGUGCUUUGAUGUUGCUGCACAAUUUUUUAGGCCUCAUAUCCACACCUCUGCUUUUGUGCCCCCUCUCCUGACUAACUCUUAUCUAUUUCCCCGAAUCCUCGUUUAAUUCAAUGAAAUGCACAACGCAUGGAAGCAGUUGUUCUUGUAUUUGAUAUUCUUUUUCCCAGGUAGAGUGUAGAUAUAGUUAGAGCCUAAUUUGUCAGUUGUAAUUAAAUGUGAUUGAACUCUGAAGGUCCAUUAUCUCUAAUAAAGGCUGCUUAAAGUAAUUAUAAUGCAGACUUCUGAGAAGACAUCAGCACAGAGAUUUGAUAAUGAUCAGUACAAGGACCGGUCAAGGGUGGAAAACAAACGUGAAAGUAACUUAACAAAUUUCCUGUGAUACCACAAGUGACAUUUUCUCACAUUGAUAUUCACAACUAUGUUUGCACUUUUAACUCGUAAACUGAAUUCUGACUGAGGUAUUGCUGGGAGCAGAGAGAAUUUGUGAAAUGAAGUGUAACUGUUUUGGUAUUAGUAUGCGUCAGGAGGUCCCGAUGAGGCAAAUGAUACAUCACUUCGCCCUUAAAUUACCUAAUGACAACGGAUAUCCCCAAAGAUAACAUUUUCUUCUUGUAUCCAUAUCAUUUGAUAUGGAUGAAAAUGACACAUUGUUUUCCACUGACUGAACUCUUCCCCAGUGGUAUAAUUUUAAUAUGUGAACUCAGUGGGUGGUGGAUUGAAAGUCAGACUCAGAACCAGACAGACUGAGUCUCAUUAACUGAGGCGCCUCUGAACUACACGGUGGAAUAGAACGUUAAAAUUAUCUUAGUGCCUGUCGUGCCUCUGCAGCAUAUGCUUCAGUUUGCAUGAAUCAUGCGCGUACAGUAAAUAAAGCAAUACAACUUUUUCUGUGUCAGGGCAGUUGAGCUUUAAAUAGACAAACCUUUAGGGUUUUCAGUACAGUGGUUGUGUGUGGUGUGAUUCAGGCUGCCAUUUCAUGUAAUUCUAUUGAUUAUAUCUGCCUACUCCAGUCGGUGCAUCAUAGCGAAUUCCACUCUGCAGAAGUUCAGUCCACCUCCUUAAAAAUAUGAGGGGACCACAGCCAUGACCUGCUUACUCUAAGUUUAAAACUUUCCAAAGUUUGUCACUCUUAACUGACUCCAUGAAGCUAAAAUAACUGGAUGUCCCUUUCUGCCUUUGCUUUUCCUUUCAUGCACUCUCAUAUUUAGUGUUUUUGCAGUACGCUACUCUAGGGGCUGUCAAAGAUACUUAACAGACAAAUCAUAUGAUAAUAAUGUAUUGCAGUUGCUGUUACAUUUAUAUGAUUGAGAUUUGUGUAUUUUAUUACUUGUGUGACCAUUUGAAAAUCAA